AGCUUUUGGCUAAGCACUUGGAAGCGCGCAGUCGCCAUGUCGGGCUACCGCCAGGACCGUCAGCUCCCACACGCGAACCGCGUGGCGCGCCAAAACGAGGUGAGCUCGCGUCCAGGGACGGGGCCGCUGCGCCCCAUCGGGAACUCCAGCGCGGGGCCGGCGCGUCGGCGCGGCCUGGAGAACCCGGUGACGGUGUUCAUGCGGGAGAUUGGCUUGCCGCAAUACGCCGAGGCUCUGCGGGACAACGGUUUUGAUGACAUGGAGACCUUGAUGGGGAUCGAGGAGGAGCAUAUGCGUGACAUCGGCAUGGCCGUCGGGCACAUUGUCAAGCUGAAGAGGCGCUUGCAGGAGCUCGAGUCUGCCCAUGGGAACGCGCUGGCGCCGCCUCGCGCCUUGCAAGGCAAAGGCUUUGCGCCCUGUGGCACCACCAUGACUGCGGUGCAGAUGAGCUGGCAGCAGGUGAAGAACUUGGGCACGGAGGUCGUGGGCGGCCUCUUCUACAAGAAGUUCUUCAUGUUGGAGCCCUCCGCAAAGUCGCUCUUCCCCAUCUCCGUGCGCCUGCGCUACAAGGACUGGGACACGGAGGAGGAGGAGGGCGCGGACCCGGCGGAGAGCCCGGCGCUGCGCAAGCUCUGGGCCAAGUUCGUCACCGUGGUGGGCUCUGCCGUGGCCGGAAUCCAGGACACCACGAAGCUGGUUCCCAUGUUGCAGCAGCUGGGCAUGCGGCACGUGAACUACGGGCUGAAGCCAGAGUACUUCAACCUGGCCGGUCGGGUGCUGAUUGAGGUGCUGUCGGAAUGGUUGGGGGACAGCUUUACCAAGGAGGUGGAGAACGCCUGGGUCAUGGUCUCCGGCUUCAUGGUUGCCACCAUGUACGCGGGCUACAACUCCGCUUUGUUGGAGCUGAAGAACAAGGAGUUGCAGCUCAAGGAGUGCUCCUCUGGCCGGGUGUCCACCACCGGCAGCGAAGUGGGGAGUCGCCAGAUUACCCCCGGAGACAACUCCGAGGACGGGCGCCAGGAGAUCGAGCGACAGCUGGACCUCCAGUCCCUGUCAGACCUCCCAGAGUUUGAAAGCUCCAUGCAUUGAGCGUUCGGGGAGGCAUGGGUUGCGUAGAAGGGCGCGCCAAGAGGCGAGAAUCAAGAUCGCUGAGUCAAAACUAGGCCAGAAUUCUUGGAUUUGGAGAAAGAGCAGGGCAUGAAGGCGACGUUUUGGCGCGGCCAUGCAUGCAUUCCCAUGGGUGGACCUCUUUCUUGCGAAGGGGCCAUGCGUGCGUCUUCCCACAAGUGGUGCGCAGCCUUGCAUAGAGCGAGUGAAUUCAAAUGCAAAAACCUGCACUGUUGUUGGUGCAUAGCCUUUGCGCGAUGGAGAAUUUGUGUCUAGACACUCUGAGGGUAGCCAGACAGACCCUUCCGGGAUAUCCUUGUCUGGAUUUGAAACGGAGCUUAGUUCCCUCACCUUGAGCAUCUCCGACUGGCAAAGAGCCAGACUUUGCGGUUCCAAGUGAGGCUCGUCCUUACGUAUCGGCGAGCGCACUUUCGCGUG